AUGAGCGAAGACAGCCAGCCACGUCUUCUGAAAUCCGACCCCACCCCGUGGGACCAUGAUCCGAAUGCAGAGAACUCCAAUCAAAGCGACAAUCAAAGCGACGAGUAUGAGCCAGAAUGGGUGGAGGGAAUCACACUGGUGAUGGUGAUUUCAGGUAUCACGCUGGUCGUGUUUUUGAUGCUGUUGGAUAUGUCGAUUGUUUCGACGGCCAUUCCAAAAAUCACCACUCAAUUUGACUCGCUCGGUGACGUUGCAUGGUACGGGAGUGCGUAUACAAUCUCCAGCAAACUCUUCCAAAAUGCCCAUCAUCGGCCGCCCGGUGGCAGGAAUCGGAUCAUCGGGCAUGAUGAACGGGGCGUUGAAUAUCCUGGCCGGUGCAGUGCCGAUCAAAAAGAGACCGGCAAUGAUUGGGAUCAUCAUGGGGUUGGCCAACUGGGCUUAGUUGGAGGGCCACUAGUUGGUGGUGCUUUUACGACUUACUCGACUUGGCGAUGGUGCUUCUAUAUGAACCUCCCCGUCGGGGCAUUAGUUGGUGUCCUGCUCCUCUUCACACGCGUCCCAGACCAAAAGCCAAAACAACCCGCCCGCGAAAUCCUGCGUUCAGUGGUCCUUCAGAAAUUCGACUUCAUUGGGUUUGUGCUAUUCGCGCCGGCCUCGAUCAUGCUUCUUCUGGCGCUACAAUAUGGUGGAAAUGAGUACUCGUGGGACAGUGCAACAGUCAUUGGCCUGAUCUGUGGAUCAGUCGCGACUUCCGUGGUCUUUGCUUUGUGGGAACGGCAUAUGGGCAUCGAGGCAAUGAUUCCGGGUCAUUUAGUCUGCGAUAAGAUUGUCUUAUCCAGCAGUCUACUAUCGAUGAUGAUCUUUGGGUUUACGAUGACUCUCUCAUACUACCUGCCCAUCUACUUCCAGUCUGUCCGGGACAAGUCCGCCUUGGUAAGCGGUGUCGACUUGUUGCCAAACAUUCUAUGCCAGUUGGUCAUGGCCGUGGUAUCCGGGGUGCUGACCUCAAAGCUCGGUUACUAUCUUCCUUGGGGAGUUCUUGGAGCUAUUCUAAAUGCCGUGGGAAAUGGCCUGCUCUCUACCCUGUCACCCACUACCUCGGUGCCCAAUUGGGCCGGCUACGAAUCGCUGGUAGGAUUCGGUCGAGGUGCCAUCUCCCAAGUACCCAUGAUCGCCAUCCAAAACGCGGUCACAGGUGAUGACGUCUCCACUGCCAUGGCCAUGAUGACCUGUGCCCAGACCUUUGGCGGGGCCAUCUUCCUGGCUGUGGGGGAAGUUAUAUUCGCCCAGACCCUUAAGAAGAAGAUCCCUGAGUACGCCCCCUCUGUGAAUGCCGAAGCAGUCAUCGCUGCCGGCGCGACCGGAUUCCGCGAAGUUGUGUCGGCACAGAACCUGCCGGGCGUGUUGGUAGCGUACGCGAAGAGUAUAGACUCAGUUUUCUAUUUGAAUGUCGCGCUAUCUUGUGCGCAGUUUGUCUUCGCAUGGGGAGUUGGAUGGAGGAGUGUGAAGGAGAAGGAGGAGGAUUCGGAGGAGAAAGUAGCAGAGUCGGCGUGA